AUGUCGUUCUCCUCCGUCAAGAACCUGCUGGCUCAGUACUCGCCCGUCUCAGACAGUUCGUCCUUUUCAGACGUGGAGAAAGACACCCAGUUACCGCUGAGCAGGGAUGUCGAAGCACCGUUAGAUACCGGCAAUCUCAUGCAGCAGCAGCAGCAACAACAACCAAAAAAAAGCUUCGUCGAUGCGCGCGUGAUAUCCGAUGCCAUUAUCGGACUGUCCGAUGGCAUGACAGUACCCUUUGCCCUCACGGCGGGCCUGUCGACUCUCGAGGAUACCAGGGUUGUUGUCUUUGGCGGGCUGGCCGAGUUGAUUGCUGGUGCGAUUUCGAUGGGAUUGGGGGGGUAUCUUGGAGCGAAGAGCGAAGAAGAAUCAUACCGCGCAACGCUCAAAAAAACAUGCCAACAAACCGCCACCAACCCCGAAACCACCAGCACCCUCAUUUCUGAUAUUUUUGCUCCUUACGAGCUGCCCGACCAGCUGGUCUCGGAACUAAGCAGCCAUCUGGCCGACUCCCCUAAUUUGCCUUCAUUCCUCAUGAACUUCCAUCACACAUUGCCCGAACCUUCCGGAUCACGGGCAAUAACAUGCGCCAUAACGAUUGCAUUGGGGUACUUUAUCGGCGGGUUUGUACCGUUGGUGCCGUACUUUUUUGUCGGCCCUGAUGAUGCUUUUCAUGCAUUGGCGUGGUCUGCAGCGACAAUGGUGGUUGCCUUGUUUGUGUUUGGGUAUGGGAAGACGUGUUUUGUGUCUGGGUGGAAAAGGCGCGCGGAUGUUUUGAGGGGAUUGUUUGGGGGUGUGCAGAUGGUUAUUGUAGGGGGUGUGGCGGCCGGGGCGGCCAUGGGGUUGGUCAAGUUGUUUCAAUUGCUUGGGUCGAGAUAA